AUGCUAUGGGCGAACGCCAUAGUUGCACGUACCACUGGCCCCGAUCUCGUCGAACUUGCUCGCAGCACGGAACUUUCGAAAUUUCCACAGCCUGAUACAAGUGCAGACCUCGACAACAGUGAGGAUUGGAAUACCCAAAGUAAUCAUGGUGGCUGGGUUAAUCCUGAAGAUCUUCCAUCAAUGCCGCAAUGUAUAUCAUCGCAAGACCAAGAUGAAUGGCUGCGUGCCAUGACUAGAUGCACCGGCAGACGAUGCACGCGUCAUUUCGGAGUCAUCUGCACUCACCAUCAAUGGCUCACUCAACUCAGCUGUCUGAGCCAGGAGUUCUCACCCAACUUUGUCCAGAGAUACUACGAUUAUUGUAGCCGAUCGGUACUGGCUAAAGCACAAUUUUACAACUGGAUCCGCGCUCUGACUCACAGAAGCUGGCUGGUUCACCUUGGCGAUACAAACGAGCUGUUGUAUCUUUCGCCAGCCUCGCUCGCGGAAGGAUAUGCUUCUGUCGACGUGACUGACCGCGCACCAACAUGCCUACAAACUGCGGUGUCUUCUUCCUCCGAGGAGCACUACUCUUACUCAAUAGCUUCCUGUGGAUUCACAGGUUCCACGAGACAUACCGGGAACGCAGCCCGUCCAUGGGAAUAUAGUGAAUCCCUGAAGUCUAUGAUAUCGCUAGACACAGAGACCGCGGGCUACGACCUCGUCCGAAGCAGCCUUGGUGACUGGGAUUACUUCGACAAGAAAUGCUUCUGCAGCGUAUUUACCAUCGAAGAAUCCAGUGAACCCUGUAGGAACUGGGGGCCUCUGGAACUCACGAAAGAACGGCUGUGGAUGAAUGCCAUCUGUGGACCACAGUCACUCCCAGCAAAGUGGAAAGAUUCAUCCCGCAUCGCAGGUUUUCCCUACAUACCUACACGAGAUUGGCAGUGGCCGAAGUGCAUAGAAGACAUACCAACGAACAUCACUCAACUCCCUGAUAAAUGCGCCGUGGACGUAUGUGAGCUGGACCACAGCGGCUUCUGCCAAGUCCAACACUCGGUGGAUAGGGCAUGCUUUUGUAAAGGAAUGAGUUACAAUGACUGCGGCGGGACAUGUCAGCUCUUCGAAACGAGGAUCGAUUAUGUGAAGUGGCUUCACAGCCUCUGUGGCAACGUCAGUGACUGGCAUGGCCUACCCGACAACUGGCGCAAAUUGGCCUCUGUCAUACCCCUUGAUCUAAUACCCUGGCAAUGGAACGUAAAGGCUGUUCAAGAAAAUAGCUCGGCUUCAACAUCGCCUAUGACUUCCCUAACUCCCACACAGUCGUCUGAUUCCCUGAACUGGAAACUUGCGAGCCUUCUGUUCAUCAACCUAGGUCCGGUCGUCGCUGGGCUGCACUUAAUUAAAGUGGAAGCAGUGCACCACGUUGUCCACAGACUUGGUAGUCAGCUAAUACCAUCGGAUUGGCUUGUCAGCGGAAUCUUGAUGGCUGUUGUUCAUCUUCUUACGAAUUGGAUUAACGCGAGUAUCGUGCAAUCAACUCCUGGAUACGAGCUUGUUCCUGUGCAGGAACUCGUACUCCUUUGGUGCACGAUGCCGAGACCCUCGUGGUUGACUACUAUCUUGGCUCUUCAGAGAUUUCCGGAGACCUUCGAAUCUUCGGUCGUCGCGGCAACCUUGACUGGAGAGAUGAUUCUGCAAGCCCUAGGUUGGUACUAUAUGUACAUGACAUUCGAUUACGGCCAAGAGCACAAUCUUUACAAUGACAGGAUGAGCAGGAUUUCUGUUUGGAAGUCAGCAUUGCUAGUCUACAUGGGCGCGCUGAUGUGGCUAGCUGUUGCAAUCGUUGCAGUAGUCUUGUUGAUUUUAGCAUCAUGCAGAAGCAAACGCAAAUCCGUGCUAGGGAGGUACGAGACGCGAAUACCCACGGCAUCGUCGAACAUGCGAAAGGAAACGAUGGAAAACAUGAUGGGUUUGUUCAACCAAAGAUGGGAGGAUUUGGAAGACAACAUCGCGCGGCACUGGCUACACAACGAUCCAAUCCGAGAAGUAGAUUCAUUACUGAACAGUGGUGAAUGCCAGAGCAUGGGAUAUGGUACUUUCUUUAUCGCCGUACGAAACAAACAAACCAUUUCAAAGGUAGUAUUGAGGUUGGUUUGUAUUGCAAUCCUCAGCGUGUUCUUGCUUUGGAUUGCGCAAUGGCUCUUUUGGGGAGGAUUCAUCGCUCUUGCAGCGGACGAGUAUUGCCCUCCAAGACUGGAGAUACUGACGAUCGUUUGGUCCAUCUCUGCGUUGGUGACGACUGCGCCGGCAUUUUAUACUCCUUCAUAA